AUGACGUCAUUUCACUUUCUGGUGCUGACAGUCGGGGUCAUGGAGAUGGUCAGCUGGGAUGCUGAGGCGCGAGUGGUGAGCGGUCAGACGGUCUGUCUGGGAGGUCCGGACCGCCCCUGUUAUAAAAUUGCAUAUUUCCACGAUGUGUCAAGCCGUGUGGCGUUCAGAGAGGCGUGUCAGGCCUGUGAGAUGGACGGGGGGGCGCUGCUGAGCAUCGAGAGUCCAGACGAGCAGAGAGACAUCGAACACCUGCUGCAGGAGCUGCGUUCAGGUGCAGUGGGAGGGGCAGUGGGUGGAGUCACAGGAGGAGGUAUAUCUGAUGGUGAUUUCUGGAUCGGUUUGACUCGCGAGGACGGAGACGAUCAGACUCACCCUGAACUCAGCAACACCUUCACUUCCUGUCCAGAGCUCUACCAUUGGACUGAUGGAAGCCCCGCCUCCUUCAGGAACUGGUACUUUGAUGAGCCGUCUUGUGGAGGAGAGGCCUGCGUCGUCAUGUACCAUCAGCCAACGGCGCUUCACGGUCUGGGCGGGGCUUAUCUCUACCAAUGGAAUGACGACCGCUGCAACAUGAAGCACAACUUUAUCUGUAAAUAUAUACCAGAGAGCCAGCUUGUUGGGACACAGACUGACAGACCAGGUAGACGGGGCACAGAAGCCACAGGUGGAGGCGUGGUCAUACAGCCUACAGGUGGGGAUGUUCCCCCUCAGGUGACGGUGGCCGGAGCUUCAGGUGUGCUGCUCAUCUACGUCAUCAUUCCCACAAUCCCCCUGCUGCUGCUCAUCCUGGUGGCUUCUGGGACGUGUUGUUUUCAGAUGCUCAGCAGGAGCUCUCCCCGCACAAAGACCGCCCUGGACCAAUCAAACCUGUGGAUCUCCAGGACGCCAAAACCGGACAGCAUGGAUGUCUGA